AUGGUUCGGGUAGCACGCCCAGCCGGCCGUCGCGACUUUGAGAUUGCCAUCAUCUGCGCCCUCACUGCUGAGGCCGACGCCGUGGAGGCUCUCUUCGACGGCUAUUGGGACGACGAAGGGCCCCAUUAUGACAAAGCCUCUGGGGAUCCUAACGCCUACUCCACCGGCUACAUCAGCCGCCACAAUGUCGUGCUUGCUCACAUGCCUAGCAUGGGGAAGGCCAACGCGGCGGCCGUUACGGCCAACUGCCGUGCCAGCUUCCCCAACAUCAAGCUCGCUCUUGUGGUUGGCGUCUGCGGCGCGGCGCCCUUUGUACCCGGCAGUAAGGACGAGAUUGUGCUCGGCGACGUGAUCAUCAGCGACGGGGUCGUUCAAUACGAUCUCGGACGACGGCUACCCGAGAGCUUCGUGCGCAAAGAUACUCUUCUAGACUCUUUGGGGAGGCCCAACACGGAGAUCCGCGGGCUGUUAGCGAAGCUGAAGGGCGUCCGCGGCCAAAAGACGCUAAGAAGCAAGAUGGCUAGUAAUCUGGACAGGCUCGAGGAAGAUCCAGAGCUGAAAGCAGAGUACCCAGGUGUCCGGUGUGACCGGCUCUUCGAAUCGAAAUAUCGCCACGCUCGCGAUGGGAUGACGUGCGAAGAGUGCGGAUGCAGCGGUGAGCCAAUCUUGCGCCGUCGCCUCGAGCAGGGCAUACCACAGCCUGCCGUCCACUUUGGCUUGGUCGCAUCUGGCGACACAGUGAUGAAGGAUGGAGACGAGCGUGACGCCAUCGCACAACGGGAGAAUGUUAUCGGCUUCGAGAUGGAGGGCGCCGGAGUAUGGGAUAUCCUCCCGUGCGUUGUGAUCAAGGGCGCCUGCGACUAUGCAGACAGCCAUAAGACCAAGGCAUGGCAGAAUUAUGCUGCGGCAACGGCAGCGGCAUGCGCAAAGGCAUUCUUGGACUAUUGGGUGCCUUCAGUUACUUAUGGCAAUGUUCCCGAACAAUCCACCGGCCCUUGGUUUAUUGUUCCAUUCCCAAAAAAUGACGCUUUUGUUGGUCGAAGCUCUAUUCUUGAAGAAUUGCAACAGCUCGCGGGUAAGCCGCAAGCGCAGAUUGCGCUCUUUGGUCUAGGCGGCAUAGGAAAAACCCAAAUCGCGCUGGCGCAUGUCUAUUGGCUUCAGGAGACGUGUCCAGAGGUGUCAGUAUUUUGGGUCUAUGCAAGCAACGUCGAGCGGUUCCGCCAGUCCUUCAAUACGAUUGCGCUGGAAUGCAAAAUUCCAGGGUAUGACGACUCCAAGACGGAUGUGUUACUGCUGGUGAAAAGAUGGCUAGAAAAGAAGGAUUGUGGGCGGUGGCUCAUGGUCAUCGAUAAUGCCGACGAUAUGGACCUUUUCUUCAAUCCAAGUGGGCCGACUACGAGCACAUUCUCGAGCGGCGGCAAUUUCGCACGCUACCUUCCCGAAUGCAGCCACGGAGCCAUUCUAGUCACGACGCGGAACAAGAAAGCGGCGUUAAGGUUUGCCAAGGGGCAGAGUCUAAUCGAGGUGGAUUGUAUGGAGGACGACGAGUCGGAAGGCCUGCUUCGUGCAACACUGAAAGGCGUUUCCUCCACCCCUGCCGAAUUGUCGGAGCUCUCUUCUCGACUAGAGCACCUUCCGCUCGCCCUCGUCCAAGCGGCGGCCUUCAUUCAGGCGAACAGCAUUUCCAUGGAAGCGUAUCUCGGGCUGCUCGACGAAAGUGACCAUAAUGUCGUCGACCUGCUAUGCAAGGAAUUCGAGACGAUCGGGCGGGACUCGGAGGCUGCACAGGCGGUAGCGCAAACGUGGAUGCUCUCGUUCCGACAGAUUAAGGAACAGGAUGCAUUGGCGGGCAACUUGCUCUCGUUGAUGAGCGUAUUCGACCGGCAGGGCAUUCCGACGCCGUUUCUAUCGCAUUACAGUACACAGGAACGCAACGGAGGCCCGAAGAGCAAUAUGGAGCUGACCGAAUCUAUUGGGCUACUUAAAGCCUUCGGCCUCAUUUCAGAGGAGAAGAACGGCAGCCUAGAUAUGCAUCGACUGGUACAGUUAGUGACACAAAAGUGGCUCGUCAACGAUAGCAAGAUGGGUGAGUUUGGGCGAGAGGCGCUAUUGACGGUAUCGCAGAUGUAUCCGUUUGGGAGGUUCGAGAACCGGACGAUAUGUAGUGCGUAUCUACCACACGCAAGCGCUGUGCUGGAGAUUGAGGUUGGCGAGCUAGGAGAUGAUGUGAAGGCGAAGGCAUCGCUGCUCCAUCGCGUGGCUAGCUACUUGGGUUUUGAGGGCAAAUGGGGGGACGCAGAGAAACUUAGCGUGAAUGCUGUCAAGACUCGGAAAAGGGUGCUGGGCGAGGAGCAUCCCGAGACGCUGACCAGCAUGAACAACCUCGCGUUGACGUACCGGAAUCAGGGGCGGUGGAGGGAGGCGGAGGAGCUCGGGUUGCGGGUGAUGGAGACCCGCAAGAGGGUGCUGGGCGAGGAGCAUCCCGAGACGCUGACCAGCAUGGCGAACCUCGCGUCGACGUUCUCGAAUCAGGGGCGGUGGAGGGAGGCGGAGGAGCUCGGGGUGCGGGUGGUGGACAUCUGGAAGAGGGUGCUGGGCGAGGAGCAUCCCGAGACGCUGACCAGCAUGGCGAACCUCGCGUUGACGUUCUCGAAUCAAGGGCGGUGGAAGGAGGCGGAGGAGCUCGGGGUGCGGGUGAUGGAGACCCGCAAGAGGGUGCUGGGCGAGGAGCAUCCCUCGACGCUGACCAGCAUGGCGAACCUCGCGUCGACGUUCUCGAAUCAGGGGCGGUGGAAGGAGGCGGAGGAGCUCGGGGUGCGGGUGAUGGAGACCCGCAAGAGGGUGCUGGGCGAGGAGCAUCCUGACACGCUGACCAGCAUGGCGAACCUCGCGUUGACGUUCUCGAAUCAGGGGCGGUGGAGGGAGGCGGAGGAGCUCGGGGUGCAGGUGAUGGAGACCCGCAAGAGGGUGCUGGGCGAGGAGCAUCCCGAGACGCUGACCAGCAUGGCGAACCUCGCGUUGACGUUCUCGAAUCAGGGGCGGUGGAAGGAGGCGGAGGAGCUCGGGGUGCGGGUGAUGGAGACCCGCAAGAGGGUGCUGGGCGAGGAGCAUCCUGACACGCUGACCAGCAUGGCGAACCUCGCGUCGACGUUCUCGAAUCAGGGGCGGUGGAAGGAGGCGGAGGAGCUCGGGUUGCGGGUGAUGGAGAUCUGGAAGAGGGUGCUGGGCGAGGAGCAUCCCGAGACGCUGACCAGCAUGGCGAACCUCGCGUUGACGUUCCCGAAUCAGGGGCGGUGGAGGGAGGCGGAGGAGCUCGGGGUGCGGGUGAUGGAGACCCGCAAGAGGGUGCUGGGCGAGGAGCAUCCUGACACGCUGACCAGCAUGGCGAACCUCGCGUCGACGUACUCGAAUCAGGGGCGGAGGAAGGAGGCGGAGGAGCUCGGGUUGCGGGUGAUGGAGACCCACAAGAGGGUGCUGGGCGAGGAGCAUCCCUCGACGCUGACCAGCAUGGCGAACCUCGCGUCGACGUACUCGAAUCAGGGGCGGUGGAAGGAGGCGGAGGAGCUCGGGGUGCGGGUGAUGGAGACCCGCAAGAGGGUGCUGGGCGAGGAGCAUCCCUCGACGCUGACCAGCAUGGCGAACCUCGCGUCGACGUUCUCGAAUCAGGGGCGGUGGAAGGAGGCGGAGGAGCUCGGGGUGCGGGUGAUGGAGACCCGCAAGAGGGUGCUGGGCGAGGAGCAUCCCUCAACGCUGACCAGCAUGAACAACCUCGCGUUCACGUACCGGAAUCAGGGGCGGUGGAGGGAGGCGGAGGAGCUCGGGGUGCAGGUGAUGGAGACCCGCAAGAGGGUGCUGGGCGAGGAGCAUCCCGAGACGCUGACCAGCAUGGCGAACCUCGCGUUGACGUUCUCGAAUCAGGGGCGGUGGAAGGAGGCGGAGGAGCUCGGGGUGCGGGUGAUGGAGACCCGCAAGAGGGUGCUGGGCGAGGAGCAUCCUGACACGCUGACCAGCAUGGCGAACCUCGCGUCGACGUUCUCGAAUCAGGGGCGGUGGAAGGAGGCGGAGGAGCUCGGGUUGCGGGUGAUGGAGAUCUGGAAGAGGGUGCUGGGCGAGGAGCAUCCCGAGACGCUGACCAGCAUGGCGAACCUCGCGUUGACGUUCUCGAAUCAGGGGCGGUGGAGGGAGGCGGAGGAGCUCGGGGUGCGGGUGAUGGAGACCCGCAAGAGGGUGCUGGGCGAGGAGCAUCCUGACACGCUGACCAGCAUGGCGAACCUCGCGUUGACGUUCUCGAAUCAGGGGCGGUGGAAGGAGGCGGAGGAGCUCGGGUUGCGGGUGAUGGAGAUCUGGAAGAGGGUGCUGGGCGAGGAGCAUCCCGAGACGCUGACCAGCAUGGCGAACCUCGCGUCGACGUACUCGAAUCAGGGGCGGAGGAAGGAGGCGGAGGAGCUCGGGUUGCGGGUGAUGGAGACCCACAAGAGGGUGCUGGGCGAGGAGCAUCCCUCGACGCUGACCAGCAUGGCGAACCUCGCGUCGACGUACUCGAAUCAGGGGCGGUGGAAGGAGGCGGAGGAGCUCGGGUUGCGGGUGAUGGAGAUCUGGAAGAGGGUGCUGGGCGAGGAGCAUCCCUCGACGCUGACCAGCAUGAACAACCUCGCGUUGACGUUCUCGAAUCAGGGGCGGUGGAAGGAGGCGGAGGAGCUCGGGGUGCGGGUGAUGGAGACCCGCAAGAGGGUGCUGGGCGAGGAGCAUCCCUCGACGCUGAGCAGCAUAAACAACCUCGCGUUGACGUACCGGAAUCAGGGGCGGUGGAGGGAGGCGGAGGAGCUCGGGUUGCGGGUGAUGGAGACCCGCAAGAGGGUGCUGGGCGAGGAGCAUCCCGAGACGCUGACCAGCAUGAACAACCUCGCGUUGACGUACCGGAAUCAGGGGCGGUGGAGGGAGGCGGAGGAGCUCGGGGUGCGGUUGAUGGAGACCCGCAAGAGGGUGCUGGGCGAGGAGCAUCCCGAGACGCUGACCAGCAUGAACAACCUCGCGUUGACGUACCGGAAUCAGGGGCGGUGCAGGGAGGCGGAGGAGCUCGGGUUGCGGGUGAUGGAGACCCGCAAGAGGGUGCUGGGCGAGGAGCAUCCCGAGACGCUGACCAGCAUGGCGAACCUCGCGUCGACGUACUCGAAUCAGGGACGGUGGAAGGAGGCGGAGGAGCUCGGUUUGCGGGUGAUGGAGACCCGCAAGAGGGUGCUGGGCGAGGAGCAUCCUGACACGCUGACCAGCAUGAACAACCUCGCGUUCACGUACCGGAAUCAGGGGCGGUGGAAGGAGGCGGAGGAGCUCGGGGUGCGGGUGAUGGAGACCCGCAAGAGGGUGCUGGGCGAGGAGCAUCCCGAGACGCUGACCAGCAUGAACAACCUCGCGUUGACGUACCGGAAUCAGGGGCGGUGGAGGGAGGCGGAGGAGCUCGGGUUGCGGGUGAUGGAGACCCGCAAGAGGGUGCUGGGCGAGGAGCAUCCUGACACGCUGACCAGCAUGGCGAACCUCGCGUUGACGUUCUCGAAUCAGGGGCGGUGGAGGGAGGCGGAGGAGCUCGGGUUGCGGGUGAUGGAGACCCGCAAGAGGGUGCUGGGCGAGGAGCAUCCUGACACGCUGACCAGCAUGGCGAACCUCGCGUUGACGUUCUCGAAUCAGGGGCGGUGGAGGGAGGCGGAGGAGCUCGGGUUGCGGGUGAUGGAGACCCGCAAGAGGGUGCUGGGCGAGGAGCAUCCCGAGACGCUGACCAGCAUGGCGAACCUCGCGUCGACGUUCUCGAAUCAGGGACGGUGGAAGGAGGCGGAGGAGCUCGGGGUGCGGGUGAUGGAGACCCGCAAGAGGGUGCUGGGCGAGGAGCAUCCUGACACGCUGACCAGCAUGGCGAACCUCGCGUCGACAUACUCGAAUCAGGCACGGUGGAAGGAGGCAGAGGAGCUCGGGUUGCGGGUGAUGGAGACCCGCAAGAGGGUGCUGGGCGAGGAGCAUCCCGAGACGCUGACCAGCAUGGCGAACCUCGCGUUGACGUUCUCGAAUCAGGGGCGGUGGAGGGAGGCGGAGGAGCUCGGGGGACGGUGGAAGGAGGCCGAGGAGCUGGAACCUGGCGUCGACUUGUUAUCAGAUUGA